AUGCCAGGCGACUUACCAGUCGCUUCAGGUCAUGUUAGCGAACAUCCGAGCGACGCAAGGCAUCAGCCGGCGAACGGUAGUGCGAUGGAAGCAACUGGAGUUGGGACCAACGGAAAGGACGUUGAGAAUGGCGAGAACGACGCGCUUAAGAAAAACGGGAGUGUUUCGGAGAAACAUCUUGGUUCUAACGGACACUUGCUCUUGGAGGAGGUGCUGGAGACUGCUGACGUGGCGACUUUGACUCACGCGCAGCGCAAGGCGCUGGUAGAGCACGCGUUAAACACGCUCGACCAGGACAAUGAAGGGUUCCUUUCCAACUUUGCCGCUAGACUCGAAAGGGUCGGAGUCUCGAUUCCAACGGUGGAGGUGCGCUUCGAGGACAUUCACGUGGAGGCGGGCGUGUACGUGGGCGACCGAUCCGUGCCUACCCUGCUUAACUACAUGCGCGGCGUGCUCACCCAAUUGCCCCGCGCGCUGCAUCUACUGCCAGACUCGCGCCAGCGCCUUCCCAUACUCAACGGCUGCUCAGGCAUCCUCAAACCAGGCCGGCUGACUCUGCUGCUUGGCCCUCCAGGAGCGGGAAAGAGCACUCUCCUGCAGGCACUGGCUGGCUUGCUGCCCAAAGACGUUAAGGCGUCGGGCACGGUGACAUACAACGGGCACGAGCCGAGGGAGUUCUAUCUGCCGCACACGGCGGCGUACGUGCCGCAGACCCAGGCGCACAUCGGCGAGAUGACCGUCAGAGAAACCUUUGACUUCGCGGCGCGCAUGCAGGGCCCCGCGUACCGGAAGGAGCUUGUGGCGGAAGUGGAGGAGAAGGAGAAAGAGGCAGGCAUAACACCGGAUCCCAUCAUGCAACAGAUGAUGAGGGCGAUGGCAUUGGAGGGCAGCCUUACGAGCGUGCUCACGGACUACAUCGUCCAUAUCCUGGGGCUGGACGUGUGUGCGGACACGGUGGUGGGCAGUGCGCUCAGGCGAGGCAUUUCGGGCGGCCAGAAGAAGCGAGUUGCCACUGGUGAGGCGCUGGUGAGCGCGAAGCAGGUGCUGCUGAUGGACGAGAUCUCCACGGGCCUCGACUCGUCCACCACGUUCCUCAUCACGCGCUGCCUGCGCCACAUCUCGCACCUGCACCGCGCCACCACGCUCGUCGCCCUCCUGCAACCCGCCCCUGAGACAUACGAGCUCUUCGACGAUGUGCUGCUGCUGGCAGAGGGCCACGUGGUAUUUCACGGCCCGCGCGUUGAGGUGCUGCCCUUCUUCCGCUCGCUGGGCUUCCAGUGCCCGCCCAGGAAGGCCGAGGCGGAUUUCCUGCAGGAGGUGCUGUCAGUGAAGGACCAGGGGCAGUACUGGGUGAACACAGAGCAGCCGCACCGCUUCAUCCCCGCACAGGCGCUCGCUGCCGCCUUCAGUGACACACAGCGCGCCAAGGAGCAGCAGGCUGAACUCUCCACGCCCUUCCCCAAGGAGAGCAGUCCCAAGGGCGCGCUGGAGCACCGGCGGUACAUGCUGACGGCGCGGGAGAUGUUUGACGCCAUGGUGCAGCGCCAGCUGCUGCUCUUCAAGCGCACCUCCUUCAUCUACUUCGCCUCCAUCGCCAAGAUCAUCCUGAUGGCGCUGGUGACGUCCACGGUGUUCCUGUUCCCGGAGAUGCACGUGUCGGUGCCGGGCGGGCAGAUCUACCUGGGAGCCAUCUUCUUUGGGCUCAUCGUCAUGCUCUUCAACGGAGGCUCCGAGACGCCCAUCCUCAUAGAGCGCCUGCCCAUCUUCUACCGCGAGCGCGACUCGCUUCUCUACCCUGCGUGGUCCUACGCUGUGCCCAUGGCGCUCAUCUGCAUCCCCUACUCCGCCGCGCUGGCUGUCGCAUGGACCUCCAUUGUCUACUUCCUCAUUGGCUUCGCUCCCAAUGCCGACCGGUUCUUCACGCAGAUGCUGAUGUGGUUCCUGAUUCACCAGGUGGGCUUGUCGCUCUUCCGCUUCGUGGCCAGUGUGGGGCGCAGUCGCGGUGUGGCCAACACCUUUGGCACCUUCGCCCUCAUCGUGCUCUUCCUCCUUGGAGGCUUCGUCAUUGCCAAAGAGAACAUCCCGCCGUGGUGGAUCUGGGCGUACUGGCUGUCACCGCUGGCCUAUGCGCAGAACGCCCUUGCGGUCAACGAGUUCAAGGCGCCCCGCUGGCAAGUGCUCCAGCCAGGCAGCAACAUGACGAUGGGCGACAUAGUGCUCAUGUCGCGCUCCCUGCCCACCAACGACAACUGGCGCUGGAUUGGCAUCGGGGCCUUCGUGGGUUCAUUCUCGUCUUCAACACCCUCACCAUCCUCGCCCUCACCUUCCUCAAUCGUACGUGCCCAACUCCCCCCACGCCUCCUCUCCUUCUCGCCUUUUCACCUCGCACCUCUCUUAUGUCAACCAUCUUAUCGCUCCCCCCCUCCUACAUCCCACCAUCCCGCCUGCCUCCCCCCACCUUUAUCGCCCUCAAUCCCAUUCUGUCCUGGUUCCACAUCGUCCUGUUCCUUAAGCGCACAUUGUUUCAGCAACUACGCCGCCACUCUCAACCCCCCUCCUCUCCCCAUUCAAAUCCCCUUCCCCCCCUCUCCCUUCCCCCCCUCUCCCUUCCCCCCCUCUCCCUCCCCCCCUCUCCCUUCCCCCCCUCUCCCUUCCCCCCCUCUCCCUUCCCCCCACCGCUACAGCGUUCGCGGCAGAGCAGCAGACCCCUCCGCUGUAGCCGAGGCCGGGGAGGCGGGCGUGCGCGGCAUGGUGCUGCCGUUUGAGCCGCUGUCUCUCUCCUUCAGCAAUGUCAACUACUAUGUGGACAUGCCUGCUGAGAUGAAGGAGGAGGGCGCUGAGGGCGACCGCCUGCAGCUUCUGCGCAAUGUUUCCGGUGCCUUCCGCCCCAAAGUGCUCACGGCGCUGGUGGGCGUGUCGGGCGCGGGGAAAACAACGCUUAUGGAUGUGCUGGCAGGCAGGAAGACCGGGGGGUACAUUGAGGGCGAUGUGCGCGUGUCGGGUUACCCCAAGGUGCACGAGACGUUUGCACGCGUGUCGGGGUACUGCGAGCAGGACGACAUUCACACGCCCCAAGUCACGGUGUACGAGAGUCUGCUGUACUCGGCGUGGCUGCGCCUGCCCCAGGACGUCGACAAGGACGUGCGCGAGGACUUUGUGGAGGAGGUGAUGGAGCUGGUGGAGCUGGAUGCGCUGAGGAGCAGCAUAGUGGGCCUGCCGGGGGUGAAUGGGCUGUCCACGGAGCAGAGGAAGCGCCUCACCAUCGCCGUGGAGCUGGUGGCCAACCCCUCCAUUAUCUUCAUGGAUGAACCCACCUCAGGGCUGGAUGCGAGGGCAGCGGCCAUAGUGAUGCGCACGGUGCGCAACACAGUGAACACGGGGCGCACGGUGCUGUGCACCAUCCACCAGCCGUCCAUCGACAUCUUCGAGGCCUUCGACGAGCUGCUGCUCAUGACGCUGGGAGGGCAAGUGAUCUACUUCGGCCCUCUGGGCGUGCAGUCACAGCACCUCAUUGACUACUUCCAGGCGCUGCCGUCGGUGCCUCGUAUCCCGGAGGGCUACAACCCUGCCACGUGGAUGCUGGAUAUCACCACGCCAGCAGCAUCGGAGCGCACGGGCGUUGACUUUGUUGAACUGUACCACCAGUCGGACCUCUUCAAGCGCAAUCAGGAGCUGGUGGAGUCACUCAAGACGCCUCCGCCCGGGCAGCAGGACCUGCACUUCGCCACGGAGCACUCCACAUCCUUCGCGACGCAGUUCUACGUGAACCUGUGGAAGCGCGCCGCCAUGUACUGGCGCGCCCCCGACUACAACGCGGUGCGCUACAUCUUCUGCACCGUCUUCGCGCUGCUCAUCGGGCUCGUCUUCUUCGGCCUGGGCAACAAGACCGGCACCAUGCUCGACAUCUUCAACGUCAUGGGUGCUCUCUACACCACGGCCAUCUUCAUGGGGUGGAACAACUCGGCUGCCGUGCAGCCGCUCGUGGCAGUGGAGCGCACCGUGUAUUACAGAGAGAAGGCCGCAGGGCUGUAUGGUGCGCUGCCGUAUACGUUCGCGCAGGGGCUCAUUGAGGUGCCGUAUGUGCUGGUGCAGACGUUCCUGUACUGCAUCAUCACGUACGCGCUGAUCCAGUUUGAGUGGACGGCGGCCAAGUUCUGGUGGUACUUCCUGUUCAUGUUCAUCACGCUGCUGUGCUUUGUGAUGUACGGGCUGCUGGCCAUCUCCAUCACGCCCAACGAGCAGCUCGCCAUGCUGCUCUCCUCCUUCUUCGUGCCCUUCUGGAACCUGCUCUGCGGCUUCAUCGUCCCCAGGCCGCAAAUCCCGGUGUGGUGGCAGUGGUUCUACUGGCUGACGCCCAUCUCGUACAGUCUCUACGGCCUCAUUGAAUCGCAGUUGGGUGACAUCACGACAACCGUUCAGCAAGUUGGUGCGACGGGCACGCAGACAGUGGCGAGCUUUCUGACAGACUACUUUGGCUUCCAGUACUGGUUCCUGCCGUAUGCCGCCCUCGUGCUCGUGGGACUCACCAUUGUCUUCUUCUUCUGCUACACAUACGCUGUUCGCAAGAUCAACUUCCAGAGGCGUUAG